ACCGGAGAGGAGGGAGCUCCGAGCGUCCGCGCGCUCCGAUUGGCGCAGAGCUGUCCGCGCGUCGGGGCGAAGGAGGGGGGAGUGAGAAGUUUUGGAGAACACCCACACACCCCACCACUACUCCGUCCCCCAUCUCUCUCUCUCUCUCUCUCUCUCUCCCAUCAUGAUCCAGCUGUGAGAGCUUCGCGGAUGGACGGAACCGAGCGGUGCAGUCUGGAGCAGACCAGUGCGAGAGCAGGAGCACCCGGUCUUUCAUGUGCGCAACAGCGGAGGAAGAGAGGAGGUGGGGGCGCCGAGGGGGCGCGAGGCUUUCAGUGCGCAACGACGAGGAUGCGCAGCAGCAUCUCCAUGGAUCUUUUAAGAAUGCAUAACUACUGAGGAACCAGCGAGCAAGGAAAACGGCGUCUGGAUGCGGCUGGAAGUGUUGGAUUCUCUUCCCGAAUGAGGAAAGCCAGCCGGGAUUGGUUAUUUCUCUCCUCUCUGUUUUUUGUAAAGAAGGCUUUCCUCUGCUUGUCCUGAGAAGAAGGAAGUUUGCGCACGGCGUCAUUAUUCUAAUAAAAAAGGUUUAAUGGGAUUUUUUUUAUUUGUUUAUUUUUUUUCUCCAUAUGAGAUGGUCAUGAGGUGUCGGUGAGCGCUCCCGGAGAGGCGCCGGCGGGGGUCCUGGGGGGGGGGGGGAGACCGGGGCCUGAGCGCACCGCGUCUGCAGCAGAGCGCGGCGCGGCGCACCACCUGGAAACUAUAUACGCUCCGCUUGACGCACCAAACCCACAAGAAGAGGGUCUCCGCUUUUUUUGUUUGGUUUUUCCUUUUUUUUCUUUUUUUUUUGAUAGUCUUCCUACAACACGUUGUUCACCUUUCCUUCGUUUAAUCUUUCCUUUUUUUUUUUUUCUUUUUUUUUUGCAAAUGGAGUUUUUUUUCUCCCCCAGGCUGGUGCGGACUUUACGGCUUGGACAGAAACUGAUCAUGUGAUGACAGGGCGCGCUUUUGGCACAUCUACAGAGUCCAUUACAGGAGCUGAGUGAUGGCCGAGGAUGGGGGAAGUGUCUCUGCGCUCCCCGACGCCAGGGGCUCAGAGGGCCGCUCCUCUCUGCCAAGGACUUUCAUCCGGCUGAACGACCUGUCUGGGCUGGGAACGGGAGCUGUGGAGUGUGUCGGCGGUGGCGGCGAGCUGGUGAUGGAGCCGGUGUCUCCGGCGCCCGACGGGAUCUCUGUGGCUGGGGACGAGGGUUCGACGCACGGCGGCGGGGAGAGCCUUCCCUACCCCACGCUGGCCCCCGUGGUCUUCUUCUACCUGAAACAAACCACGCGCCCCCGGAGCUGGUGUCUUAAAAUGGUCUGCAACCCAUGGUUCGAACGAGCGUCCAUGUUGGUGAUCCUGCUGAACUGCGUGACACUGGGCAUGUUUCAUCCCUGCGAGGACAUCAACUGUGACUCUGAGCGCUGCAAAAUUCUACAGGACUUCGAUGACUUCAUCUUCGCCUUCUUCGCCAUUGAGAUGGUGAUCAAGAUGGUGGCCCUGGGGAUUUUUGGCAAGAAGUGUUACCUCGGAGACACAUGGAACCGCCUAGACUUCUUCAUCGUUCUGGCUGGGAUGUUGGAGUACUCACUCAACCUGCAAAAUGUUAGCUUUUCAGCUGUGAGGACGGUGCGUGUGCUGAGACCCCUGAGAGCCAUCAACCGGGUGCCAAGUGAGUGCAUGCAGUUUUCUCACCCUUCUAACACAACUCCUCACCCUGACUCUGAGGGUUUGAAAUAAUUUGCCCUCUAAUAACCCAAGAACUUUAUUAUUCUCUGGAAAUAGAAAC